GUUAUAUCAGCGCGUCGAUGAACCUAUAUAAUACACAGCCAAAAAUUCUUUGGUCUGACAAAUUGGAAAGACAAACCUGAAACCUCACUACAAGUCUUCUUAAUUUCUCCAAGCUAGCUCUUAGUACCUUCCUAUAUAAGAUAGCUAGAUCUGGUUUCUUUUGCUUGAUCCUUCAAGAAGCUUAGAAACAAGCAACACAAAAGCCAGGUGCUUUAAUGGAAAUCUCAUCAGCCAAAUGGAUGUCUGAACUGGAAUUGGAAGAUCCGGCUAAUAUUUUCGAGCAAUAUCAAGUGGACUACUCAUUUGAUGACCUUAAUUUCCAAUCAUUUUCUUCUGAGAGCUACUCAUCUUACCCAAAUUUCGUCCCAGAAAAUCCACAAAACCUAAGUAGUAACAACACAAUUCUAGAUCAAGCUCCUCAAACUGAGUCGUUUGAAAGGCCAUCCAAACAGUUAAAGACGAACAGUUGGAAUUCUUGCGCUACUACUACUCCCAAUGAUCAAAUUAGCACAAAGGCUUCAUCCUCUUCCUCUUCUCAGUUCAUUUCAUUCGAAAAGUAUGCGAACUCAGCCUCAGCCACGCCUGAGAAUAAGAAGUACUAUAAUGAUUUAGAUGUUACUACUACUACUAUUACUACUACUCUUAAUGUUAAGCCAAAAGACGAGCCCGGUUUCAAUGGAUAUAAUAUGGUUUUUCAAUCUCCUUAUGAAACCCGGAAUUGUUCACCAAAUAAAUAUGGUCAAGGUGUGAAGAGGCCUUUGGGUGUUUCAACGACUAGGUCUCCUUUACAUGCUCAAGAUCAUGUUAUGGCAGAAAGGAAGCGCCGAGAGAAGCUUAGUCAGCGGUUCAUAGCUCUUUCGGCUGUUGUUCCAGGCCUAAAGAAGAUGGACAAAGCUUCUGUUCUCGGAGAUGCAAUUAAGUACAUAAAAAAUCUCCAAGAACGUUUGAGCACACUUGAGGAGCGAUCAGCAAAGAAGACAGUGGAAUCAGUUGUUUUCAUCAAGAGAUCUCACCUCUCCGCCGACGAUGAAACCUCCUCGUCCGAUGAGAACUUCGAUAGCAACUCCAGUCAGCCACUUCCAGAAAUCGAAGCAAAAGUUUCAGACAAAGACGUACUGAUAAGAAUCCACUGUGAGAAGCACAAAGGGUGCUUGGCCAAUAUACUAAGCCAAGUAGAGAAGCUUAACCUCACCAUUUUCAACAGCAGUGUUUUACCAUUUGGCGGCUCUACUAUUCAUAUUACUAUUGUUGCUAAGAUGGAUGUGGAGUACAACAUGAAAGUGAAGGAUUUAGUAAGAAAUAUAAGACAGGCUUUACUCAGGAACUGACUAGAUUCUUUCGGAUACAGUACUGCAUAGAUUUAUAUAGAUGAUGACUAAGAAUAAGUUCAGAUGACGAAAAGUUCUCAAUUUCCAGUGUUUGUUUUUUGUUUUCAAGACUUUUUGAAAGAAACGAAGAUGCCCUAAAAUCUUAUAUAUCUCAAGCUCGACCACUGACUAUAAUCAUGAGGAACUCAACUGCCAAGUUUUCAGAAGGGUUAUUCAUUGUCACUUUUCAUGUGUCGUUUUUGCGUGGUUGACCGUUGACCAUGUUCCCUAACCCACGUGCUGUAUUUGAAAGCUUGGCAACUUUUUUUCCGGAGGGUUUUCUUGAGAGCUUGGCAACUUUUCAACAAGACCUCUUUCGUUCUCUCCGGCUCUUUUUCCUCGUGUAUUAUGGUGUUUAUAAUAGUCAUUUAAUUUCCUUCCGAAUUGAGAGGCAAAACAAAAGUAUAGGCACUUGGUUUCUUUCAGUUUUUUCAUUUGUUGUGUACAAGAAAGAACUCUUUUUCAGGUCCUCUAGGCCUUUGUGGGUAGUGUAAAACUUCUUAAUUUAUCAAUUGUGUCAUGUAAAACUCCAUAUAAUAAAUUAAUCUUUCUUAA